UUGUCGUCGAUUUGUUUGUGCUUCGGUUGUUCCGCUUCCUUUCACGUGCUUCGUGGUGUAUUGAUCGCUCGAAUCAGCAAAUCGGCGUGGUUAGUGUCGGCAUUGGUCGACACCGACGAACCAGCCAGCCAGCCAGGCGGUGGUGGACACAAAAGUGAUCACUGUUCACUGUGCGUUUUGCUGUGCGGACCGGAUCGGUGCAGUAUUAGAGCUGGCAGGACAGGCCACGCUUUAGACCCGGUUCCUUUUGGGCCGGGAGGUUAGAGAGCACGCCGUUCGGCAGGGUUCGUCUUCGGGUUUGCAUUCGCACGCGCGUGCAGCGUUCGCUGAACUCGCCGUUGGACUUUCAUCGUCUGGACAGUCAAGUUCGGGGUCCCCCCGAGUCACGAUCACGCCUUGAACACGCAGACUCCGUUUUUUUUUUGCACAUACCUUGCUCCAUCCGACUCUGCCACCCGCACUGGACUUCCCAGCCCAGUCGAUGCAGUCGUGAAUAUGAAAGUUUAAAUCGAAAUCCGGGCGACCGAAUGGAAACAAAGAGCCAUUCUCAAAGCCGGUAACCAGUUCAAGUGCGGGCAGCAUCCAUUCCGUUCGCGUAGGUGUUGAAGAACGGUCCCGAAAAGGAAACUGAACAACGCCGAUGGACCAGCAGUGCAACGCGGGUCCCCAACAAACACGUGUUAGAAACUCGGACACUUCACCGUCCGUUGACGGUUAUCGGCAAAAGGGGUGAACCGAUGCGGAUACUGCAAGGCGAAAGUGUACCGAUGACUGGCUAAAAGACGACGACGUCGAUCACAGCGGUUUUCCCCUGGGCGGUGGUGCUUCUUUAAAGUUCUAUCCGCGCCCUAUCGAUUUCCCAUCGAACGUUGCUUGACUACCGCUUUUUCACCGUGUUGCGGAUUACCUGAACGUGUCUCAUUAAGAAGGUGCAACGACACGGGCGCUCGGUACGAAUUCUGAUCGAUCACUUCUUCGCACACACACCACAGCUACUGUGAGUACUGGGAGCCGGUACAAAAUGGCGACACCGAGCAGCGAUCCGGCUACCUCACCAUACCCUGCCGACAUUUUGACAACGUCCAUCCGCUUCGGACCCUGGAAGGCAUAAAACUUGCCCCCGCACCCCACCCUCCCGUCACUUGUUGGAAAGAGUUCCAGAGCGUGUAGAAACACACGGGCACGCAUCACCUACAACGGACGACAAGGAACGGCGGACAGUAAUUGAAAAUUCAAAAAACACGUACAUACGGACAGCUGGAGCAAGCGCCUGAACCUACGCCGCACCGAGUUUUUGCUAGUACGGGGCUUUGGGAGCAGCAGCAGCAGCAGUGCAGCCGGACCGCGAGGUGGCCCGCACGGUGGCCCACCCGAAAACACAACCGUAGGAAUGACGAAUUUAAACAAGCUCAAGGUGGUCGUCAUUGGCAGUGCCAAAGUUGGCAAAUCGGCCGUCACGGUGCGUUAUCUCACGAAGCGUUACAUUGGGGAGUACAGCUCGGCCCGAGACUUCCUCUAUCGGCACAGUAUCACCUACGACAACAUUACGACCGAGGUGGAAAUUAUGGACACUUCCCGAUGUGAUAAACGUGGUUGCCUAUAUGAACAUCUUCGCUGGGGUGACGCUUUCGUGGUCGUCUACUCAAUCUGUGAUAAGGCGAGCUUCGAGGAGGCAGCCGACUACCUGCAACAGCUGACCAAGCUGAAGCUGCCCUCGUACUACACGCUGCUCCUGCUCGGCAACAAAAGUGAUCUCGAUCAUGCGAGGGAAAUUUCCGUGAACGAUGGUCAGGAACUCUCCUUCCGCUAUUCCUGCCAAUUCUACGAGGUAUCGGCGGCGGAAAAUUUUGCCGGCGUUUCGCUCGCAUUCCACUCGCUCAUACGGGAGGCUCGCUCGACCCAACUGUUCCGGGCGUUACCCAUGCGAAGGAAGCUGGGCGUUAACAGUGUCUCGAAGGCACUCGGGAACAUCUUUGGCAAGAACAGCAAAGGUGAACGGAAGAAGCGGCCCUCGCUCAGCAUAUGACAGCCACCGGGUGUAUGCGUGCGCCAAUGAUAAGACGAACGGUACUGAGCUACCGAAAUUCAAGUGCAGUUGACUGUUCCCUUCAAGCUUCGGCUUUUGUACAUAUGUAAUAGCGAUUCCGACAGCGAUGCAAGGUUCUCUUUAGCGUAGGAUAAUGUAACUAGCAUCUGUGACACGAAUACAGCCAUUCCUGAGGUGUAGUCCUCGUUACUAGCAAGUAAGCAUUCAUUCAACAAGCGGCCCUUACCGCCCGUUUCGGUGAGAUUUUAUCGAUUUUGCAGUUGCAUGACGUUCCUAUUGAUCAGUUUCGGUACGAUACGACUCAUCGAACAUUAAGUAGCGUGAAGUGAACUAACCAUGUAUGUAGUAAGUGCAACGAAGACAGCUUAACUUUUAUUUUUUGAUAACAUAUUGACAUGCAAGCAAAUGAGGAACUGCGCAAUGUGCCCACAUUUUAAUCUCUAGCAUGGAAAAUUAAGCAUUUAGCUUUAGCGUCUAAACUAGUGAGUAAGUAUCCAAUCAAAAAUGUAAAUUAAAACUUGUAAA